AUGGAAACCAUCCUUUCUUCUUUGAAACGUACAAUAUCAGAGAGAAGCAAUUCAGAUUCGUCUGAGUCAAGUUCUCCGCAGGAAAAGCGUUCAAAGAGUUUAGCCGAGGAAGACGAGGUUCUCCAAGCCUUAAACAUGGCCGGUAACGUUAGUGAAAAACUCGAUAAAAUUCUUGGGGAACUUAAGAAACUGGAGAAACUCGAUGCAAUUGAGGCAACGUUGAAGGAUUUAACAAGCAGAUUGGGGAACGUCGAAUCAACUAUCGACAAGAUGAAAGAAGACGCACGUGCUGUGGAAAGUUCGAUCAAAGGUAUGGAUAAGAGUCUUACAUAUCUCAACAAAGAAGUUGAAGAGCUUCGUGGAACGGUAGAAGACAAGGAUAAGCAAAUAGAAUAUUUGCACACGCAACACCUUUAUCUCGAAUCGUACAGCAGGAGAGAAAAUCUGAAAUUUUUUGGCAUACCGGAAAACGAAGCCAGCGCUUCGCAGGGGAAAGAUGCGGUUGGCACAAUUGAUGUUUUGUGUGAGUUUCUUCAUGAUGUCCUUGGCUUUGGGGAUCCAAAGAGGAAUAUGGAGUUUCAACGAGUGCAUCGGAUCGGUAAAUCCGUACGUGGAAAGCCCAGGCCGAUAUUAGCCCGUUUUUUACGCUAUCAAGAUCGCGAGACAGUGCUUCGUGCUGGGUUUGAAUUGAAAGGCACUGAGUAUAUGAUUUUGCAAGACUUCCCUCAGGAAAUCAUAGAGAGAAGGCGCAAACAAAUGCCUAAAUUAAAGGAAGCCAAAAAAAGGGGCCAAAAAGUAUCCUUUAGUAAAUCGGAACCGGAUAAACUCUUUAUUGAUGGCAAGUUCAUUUCUGCGUAA